AUGGCACGUUCUUUCCUCUGCCUGCUCGCCCUCGCAGUAGCAGGGACCUCGGCUAUCUCCAUCCCCAGCUCAGCUAUUCAAUCUCCGCCUAUUUCAGUCCGUGACACUGGCAGCCUGACAAAGGGAUGCGAGAACGGCCCAACAUCCCGCCAAUGCUGGGGGGAGUACGACAUCAAUACCAACUACUACGACACUAUCCCCUACACGAACCGCGCAGUCGAGUAUUGGUUGACUCUCGAGGAGACCGACUGCGCACCGGACGGAUACCAGCGGAAAUGCGUGAUGGCCAACGGGACCAUACCUGGCCCACCAAUCGUAGCCGACUGGGGCGACGACAUCGUCGUGCAUGUGACCAAUAACAUUGCAACCAACGGCUCGUCCCUGCACUGGCAUGGUGCGCGGCUGCUCAACAACAACAUAGCCGACGGGACACCCGGGGUCACACAAUGUCCAAUCGCACCCGGAAAAACCCAGACGUACAAGUUCCAUGCCGACCAGUACGGUACCAGCUGGUACCACAGUCACUUUAGCAUGCAGUAUAGCAAUGGGCUGUACGGGGCGCUGAUCAUCAACGGCCCGGCCACGGCCGACUAUGACGAGGACCUCGGGGCCGUUUUUAUCACAGACUGGGACCACGAAACAACGGACUACAUUUGGGCCACACUCGCCGACGGCAAUGUCACAUAUUAUGGCUCCGACACGGGGCUAUUCAACGGCAUGAACACGGGCGAUUGCGUGGCAAACAAUGCGACGAACCUGGACCCGAGAUGCCUCGGCGAGGGCAAGAAGUUCGAGCUCCUCUUUGAGGAAGGCAAGAAGUACCGCCUUCGGCUCCUCAAUGUGGCGGAAGAGGAUUGGGUUCAGUUCAGCAUCGACAAUCACACCAUGACGGUGAUUGCGACCGACUUUGUGCCGAUCGUGCCGUACCAGACAACAAACAUAUUUGUUGGUAUGGGGCAGCGGUACGACGUCAUUAUUGAGGCAAACGCGCCGCCGGGGGACUACUGGAUGCGCAGCGGAUUCGAGCAGAAUUGUAUCCUCAACGGCGCAGGGGCCGAUAACAUCACCGCCAUUGUGAGGUAUAACAAUGAAAGCACCGCCAUGCCGACAAACUCGAGCGUGAACACUGUGGUGAUAGGUCUAGCUUUCUGUUUAGAUGAACAGCCCACAAAUUUGGAGCCCUGGGUUCCAAUCGACUUAGAAAUGUCGUCCGUAAAGGAUGGCGUUCAGACCGAGACGUUCAAGCCAGAGUGGCUUGACAACCACACGCAUCUCAGAUGGUCCAUCAACGGGGGUUCGUUUAUGUGGGUGAACUGGUCUAACCCGGCUCUGGGAGAUGUCAUAUCUGGAAACUUGGACGCCAUUCCCCUGUCGGACAACGUAUUCCAGGUUGGCGCCAACACGUCAUCGGCCGCAUCGCAAAGUGACGAGACGGAAUGGGCCAUCCUCGUCAUCGAGGACCAUGGACCCAUCCAGGGCAUCUCCCAUCCCAUGCACCUCCACGGGCAUGACUUCCUCAUCCUCGCUGCCGGCUACGAGCAGUGGUCUGGGUCAACGUACGGGUGGCAGCUGAAGAACCCGCCACGUCGGGACACUGCCACCUUGCCUGCCAACGGAUACCUGGCUAUUGCCUGGCCCCUCGACAACCCGGGUGUCUGGGCCUUCCACUGCCACAUUGCCUGGCAUAGCAGCCAGGGCUUCGGGGCGACGGUUGUCGAGUCGCCCGCCCUAAUUCCCGGGGUGGUAGGAGGUGACUGGACCAAACAGCUUGACCCUGUAUGUGACGCGUGGGAUGCGUGGGAGCCGACUAUGCCCUUCCCGCAGGCCGAUGCGGGUAUCUAG